AUGGGAGACGCCGGGAGCGAGCGCAGCAAAGCGCCCAGCCUGCCGCCGCGAUGCCCCUGCGGCUUUUGGGGGUCCAGCAAGACUAUGAAUCUCUGUUCCAAAUGCUUUGCUGAUUUUCAGAAGAAACAACCAGAUGAUGACUCCACUCCCAGUACAAGCAACAGCCAAUCAGAUUUGUUUUCUGGAGAAAUGAACAGUGACAACAGCAAUACCUCUUUAACUACACCAACUGUUAACUCCAACCAGCAACAGCUUUCGACAGAAUUGAAUGUAACUUCCACAGGCAAAGAGGAGUGUGGGCCAUGCACAGAUAUAGCUCAUGUCUCAUUAAUCACGCCAACCAAAAGAUCCUGUGGCACAGAUUCACAGUCUGAGAGUGAGGCUUCCCCAGUGAAGCGGCCAAGGCUACUGGACAGCAACGACCGACCUGAAGAAGCCAGCCGUUCUAAACAAAAGAAUCGGCGCCGCUGCUUCCAGUGCCAGACAAAACUUGAGCUGGUCCAGCAAGAACUGGGAUCGUGUCGCUGUGGUUACGUGUUUUGUAUGUUACACCGCCUCCCUGAGCAGCACGACUGUACGUUUGACCACAUGGGCCGCGGCCGUGAGGAAGCCAUCCUGAAAAUGGUGAAACUGGACCGGAAAGUGGGGAGAUCCUGCCAGCGCAUUGGGGAGGGCUGCUCCUGAGUGCAGAGCUCAGCAGCCACACCCUGUUCUUAGUUCACUAAUGUUAGCCUUAUUUAGGACAGAGUCAGCCAGACACCUUGUACUGGGCACAUUUCAGACUACAGCCAAUCCGUUUCCUUUCUUUAGCCAGCCGUCCUGGUACUGUAGUUUAGGGGUUGAUGGUGGUUGAAAUUGAUUUCUGGCUGGUUAUGAAGGUGCCUGCUAGCCACUGUAUAAAAUUAAAACAUGAAGAAUAAUUUUUUUUGAGCAUGGCUAGUGGAUGUAAAACAAAGCAAACAGAUGUCAUUGCUGGAGUCAAAACUUAUAAAAAGCCUUAAGCUGAAAAUGGUCCAGACGGAGACUUUAAGUAAAUAGGGGAGUAGAAGCUGGUGUUCAAAACCGUUCCUGAGACGCCCACGGCCUUGCCAGAAACUCUGUGUUUAAUGUACAGCCUUUUCACGUCUCUCUCAUCCUUAACCCCGGCCCCAGAAGCCAGAGCUCCCUGUCGGCCCCUCGUGCCUGGGCUGCUCGUGGCUGCCAGCGUGGCCCACAGGGGAACUCCUAGGAGGCUGGAAAGGCAGGGGCAGAAGGAGGAGGGCGAAAACUCUUAUGCCAGAUUUACUGUGGAAAAUCUGUCUUAUCACUUGGAGAAGAAAAAAAAAGAGAGAGAGCCUUGCUUUGAAUAUUAGCUCCACCCCAGACUAGUCUACAAAAUGCAUUUUUCUACCUAGGAUCUAUAGACUCUGUAUCGGUCUCAUUCGACCUGAUUGGAUCAGUACUGACCAGGGAAACUGAAACCUGACUGACUCUUAUUUACCAUUUGCUGGGUGCAGGUAUCUGAUAAUUGAUUCAAUAAGGCUAAAUCACAGCACAGCGGCCAUGGGGAUGGCUGGGUUCUACAGACAGUUCUCUGUAGCUAGACUUCACUGUUGGUGGUAAGGGGCCAGGGAGGUAGGGUGCAAGGGGGGACAUACUUCAUAGCAAACAGAAGUCAGUAACAGUAUUGGGGAACAACUGAGGAGCAGCAGCAGCCAUCAGAGUUUGUCUUCUCACCUUCAAAGUGUUACCAGGAUAGUCACAUGGACUUGUCGCCUCUUUCUAUGCAGCCUCAUAGUAUAAGGGAAAAGCUGUCACGUGCAGUAGGAGAAUAUGACAUGUAUGACUAGAAUCAGGAAGGUUGGGAUCUUCUGAAAGCAACUGCUGUGGGCCAGGGACAUCCAAGCACACUUGCUGAGCCUAAAUUGCACAUCUCCUGACACGGGCACAGGGGAGUUCCAUUGCUGUAGGCCAGGCCUGGGUGGGAUCGGACUGGAUAGGCAGGAAGGGAAGCAGAAGAGAGGGAAGGGAAAGGAAAGAGGGGAGGGGAUGAGGAUGAGGACUGGGAAUGAGUGGGUGGAGGGAGAGAUUAGAAUCACUUGGAACUUGAAAUAUUGGGCAAGGUCCAGAUGGUACAACUUUAAAACCAUUUCAGUCGUGUGGACAAUAAGAGGGUCCCCCAAAGAGACCACUUGGAUGUCCCUAUACUCAGGCUGCUAGAACAGUUUCCCCCAGCAACUUAGGUUUUAAAAAGAAAAGAGGCCAAUGAUGUGUUUGCUCAAUUACAGUGGAAGACCUGGGAAUUAGAAAUGUUUCUUCAUCUAAAACGUGUGAAGAAAUAGGAAAUAAUCCCCUCUUCCUUUGCCCCCCUCCCCCCAAAAAAAGAAAGUCCUUUAUAAAAAUCUUCAGCCUUAAUAUUUUUCAUAAUAAUGGUCUUAGCUCCCCAGUGGAGGGGGGGAAGAGGCCUAGUUGAUUUGGUCCCCACACCUGCCACUUUUCUAAAACAGCCUCAGCACAUGCUAUCCACUUAGUUAUCCACGGCGGCAUCCCGUCUGUCUCACUCUGGGGAUGUUGGACCCGAGCUCUCCCAUUGCCUCCCAAGAGCCUCCAUCUACUGCCCUUUCCUGUGCCUGCGUGGCCAUUCUUUGGCCCUGCUGGCUUAAUUAAAGGUGGCCCAGGGGAAGCCGCCUUGGCAGGCGGGCCCUGGUACAUAAUGGACGAUGUUCACUCUAUUGACAGUCAAGGUUGGGGCUGGGAGAGGAGGUAGGGCUUGUUCCUCUGAAGUAUCUGUUCUGUGAAGUUUGUUAAAUGAAAGGAAAGCUUAAAUACUUGUAACUUUAAAAGGAAACAAAAUCUUAUUUAACCCUUUUGUGUUCUAGAUUUACUUACACGUAGCCUAGAACUCCGUUUUAGUUUAACAUUGUGAAAAUAUUAAAAGAAUCUUGUAACUUUAUUCCUUUUUUUUUCUCCUGCUGAAAAAAAAAAAUACCCAUUAAACCAAUCAGAUUAAAGUUUGAAUUCCUCUCUAUUUCACCAGUUCUCUGGACGGGUCCCAGGCCUGCUAGGGGCUGUCUGGGGAACUGCAAAGCACAGAACCCAUACCAAGGCGAAGGCUUUUUGUUCUGACAAGAGCUUCUUAUCCACAGGUCACCAAUCGAAAAAUCUCCUUUGUAGGUGUGUCUGGCCCUAAAUUUUCUGUAGGGUGAUCUGAUCCUGGUAACUUGAGUCUUAGUGGUGAAUUAACACAGUUGAAUAGCUCUUACAUUUUGUCCCUGCCACCUGAGAGCUCAUUCAGUACUCAGAUCUGCCCAGCUUCACAGCAGCCAGAUGUCCCGGCAGCACAGGCUCAAGGGUGGGGGUGGGUGGGAGUGGGUGGGUACAGCCUGGUGCCUAUCUCCAUCCAAGUUGUGUAACCCAAAGAAAGCCCAUCUUCUCUACACUUAGUUGGCAUUGAAAUUAAACCUGGAAAUUUGAAAACAUGGAGACUUGCUGGAAUUGUUUUCACUUGUAAUGAUGAGAUAGACCUCAGAUCUCCUAGGCCAGGAAGCAGUUUCUUCAUAGAAACAUGUGCCUGGCUAUCCCUGCUGCCAGAAGACAAGGCAGAAAAUACCUAGUAAGUUUUCUUAGAUCAGCCUUUUAACUGUGAAUGCUCCCUGCCCCACCCCCACCGAAGGGGAGACCCUUGUUAUCUUCUUGGCAGAGGUGAAGGCGUAAGAGCAGUCGCAGGAUGCAGGCCCCAGUGGUGGGAGGAGCCCGGGACAGGUCUCUGGGGGCCUGGGCUUCCGAUCCGGGAGAGUGUCCUCCACUAUUCCAGGCUUUGCUAAAGCUGCACAUCUGUGUUUUUUGGCAUAGAUUGGCAGGAUCCUUCCAUAGCCUUUGGCCUGGUUGCCUGCCCAGCCUGAAGUGCUAGUUACACCUUUUAUUUGGGGCUCUUGCUCUUCUGAGCUUUAGGUAGUGGGAAGAGCAAACUACCACGUGACAGUGAAGGAGUCAGCUGCUAAAGUGGAAGGGAGGGAGGGGGAGGGGAACGAUGGCUGGUUUUUUUCUGUUAUUCUUCCUCAUCAACCAAAUCUCAGGAUUGUGACCUGCCUCUGAGCCAACCAACUUUGGGGAAUGACAGAGACAAGUCAUACCCAAUGCACCCUCACUCCCACCCAGCUCUUCUGUCCCCAUCCACUUCCUCACGAUCUGCAGCCCUCAGCGCUCUUCUGAGGACUAGGGCUGACCCCUGUGACUCUGGUUCAUUUGUAGGCCCUAGGGGGAAUCUCCACCUUCGUUAAGAAGGAUUCAGCCUGUGGCUCUCCUCAGUUUCCUUGGGCUGAGCACCAGGUUUCUGUCUCAGAACAGUGUAGCUCCCUGACUCAAAACUGGUCAUGGCAGAGGUAUCUACUUAACCUGUGUCAGUCAGCACACUAGGGCUUCUAAGUGGGGAAUGGGAAUCCGCACAUCAGGACCUUGAUUACCAUCUAAUUGUAAAGACCCCAGUUUCUCCAGUCAGAUCCAUUGUCUCUACCCUGUAAUAGAGACCGUCCAGAAAGGAGUGUGGUGAGACAUAGAAUCAUUUCACAAGACUCGGAUUGCAGAAUUAAUUUGGUCAAGCUUUCCAAGCAAAUUCCUGGCAGAUCCAGAACUAGAAGCAGGUUUCCUGGCUCCCAGGCCAGUCUUCUGUCUCAUCACAAUAUUUUCAUUUUAAUUUCUUUGACUGUAAUCCGAGUGAUUCUGGCAAUCCCUGGGUCCUUGAAGCCCCAGAGAAUGGUAAAGAAGGCAAGACUGUCCCUUUACUAUUUGUAUCCUAAGUGCUUGGCAAAGUGCUUUGCACAUAGUAAGGGCUUAAUAAAUGCUUUUCAUUCAGUCAGUCAGUCAUUCCCUAUGCCUUACCUCCUAAUGCAGCCCAGCUGUUAGAUUGCUGUCACACCUCAGUGUAUCAGGGAACUGCCCCAGGGUGAAGGGCAUGAGGUCUUGGCUUUGCUACUUUGGGUGAGAAGGAUCAGGGUUCCUACUAGGAGAGAGAUUUCACAUUCCUUCCUACCCACUCCCCCCCCCACAAAAAAAAAGAAAUAAUUGAGUACAAAGCAUUCUCAGCCCUUUGGUAUGUAGGUAUCAUAAGUAGGGCAGGUAUCGUUAUUGAUUCCCCUUUUAUACAUGAAAUGAGUUCAGAGAAGUUGAGACUUGUCCCUGGUCAGAAAUGGCUAAUAAGUGUCCAGGUCCCCCCACCCCACCCCC